AUGUGCACUGUGCACGAGCAGCCCGCGCAGAAACGGAGGUUCGAUGCGAGCGACGGGCCUGUUCACGUCUGGCAGCACUUGUUCGACCUCCGGAAGUUCUCGGACGACGGUGAGUGUUCAGUGCUCUACCACUACACCAACAACCUGGCCUUCGAGAACGUAGCAAACCUCGAGCAGUCCUCCGCCGAGCUUUUCGCAUCGCUGGUGGACAGCCGCGCUCACUUCGGCAAAGGGGUGUAUGCUUCUCAGCACGAGCCCGCGGUCUGGCGGCUACGUGUACGCGUUCUCCUCAACAACUACAGCAAUGACAGUCCCUUCCGCGGCGCGGACGACCCUGAAGCGCAGCGAGUCCGAGCAGAAUGGGGCGAGGCGAACAGUUCUGGACACCGGGGGGCCUUCUGCAUCCCGAUGCUGGUCCCCAGGGCGAUGGCCUACAACAUCUUUUGCCGACAAACGCCCGACCUUGAGGAGAAGCUGGUUUGGGACGCGGCGGCGCAGGCGGAGCGCCGCGUUCGCCUGGGCGAGGACUACAAGGGCAGGGCCGUGGAUCCCGCCCGCGACGUGUGGGUUGUCCGUGUGACGGACAGCGUUGGCCAGGUGCGCCACGCCUCCGCGGAAGCAGAUUCUUUGCUGCAGCUUCUUCGGCUUCGCCUUUGCCGCCUACGGGAGGAUUUCCACAAUGUGUUGGGCUCCGACCAUUCGGGCACUCUCGCCUGCAUGUCUGAGCUGGCGGGGAGGCUCCUGCGGCGGGGCCUGCUCGACGAGGCGGAGGGGCUUUAUCGAGAGCUCGCCCAAACGUGCCGGGUGAAGCUCAGGGAGGGGCAUUCGGACACGCGGGCCAGCAGCCAGAGCCUCGCCGUGCUACUCAAGGCGCAAGGGCGCGACGUUGAGGCGGAGCAGCUCCUCCGCGAAGUUCUGGAGGAGUGCCGCCGCGCGCUCCCUGAGGGGCACCCAGACACGCUUACGAGUCUCGACAACCUCUCCGCGCUGCUGGGAGCGGGCGAGCGCCUCGGGGAGGCCGAGGACCUGGCCCGCGAAGCGUUGCGCCAGCGCUCGGCCUCACAAGGCAGAGGCCACCCCCAGGCCCUGACCAGCUGUCAGAACCUGGCUAGCAUCCUGGAGGCGCAGGGGCGGCUUCAAGAGGCGGAGGACCUCCUUCGCAAAGUCCUGGCUGGGCGUCAAAGGGCGCUUGGGGGGCACCAUCCCGACUCGCUGCUGAGCCUCAGCAACCUUGCCGCGGUACUGGAGGCCGAGGGCCGACUGGAGGAGGCGGAGCGCCUCGCGAGCCAGGCCCUGGCCGGGCGCCGUGCCAAGCUUGGUGAGCAUCACCCCGACACGCUGCACAGCAUCAACAACCUCGCGACAGUCCUGCAGGCGCAAGAGCGCCUGGACGAGGCGGAGCGGCUUUUUCGCGAGGCCCUGCUGAAGCGCCGGGCCCGACUCCGCGAUGGCCACCCGGACACUGCGACGAGCCUCCACAACUUGGCGUCGCUGCUGCAGGUGCGGGGAUGCUUGGCGGAAGCAGAGCCGCUCUACCGGGAAGCCCUGCGAGCGCGCACCACCGUGCUCAAGGAGGGCCACCCAGACACGCUCAUGAGCCUCAGCAACCUCGCCUCCUUGCUGGAAGACCUGGACCGCCUCGGGGAGGCGGAGGAGUUGGGCCGCGAGGCCCUGCGCCUGCGUCGGGCCCACCUGGUUCAGGGGCAUCCCGACACGAUGACAAGCCUCAACAACCUCGCCUCGUUGAGACAGAAGCAGGGCCACCUGGAAGAGGCCGAGACCCUCUACCGUGAGGCGCUGCACCUGUGCCGAGACCACCUUGAUGCCACGCACCCGGACACACUGAACAGCAUCUUCAACUUAGCCACGCUGCUGGAGGAUGCUGGACAGUGGGAUGAGGCGGAGGCCCUCUUCCGCGAGGAGUUGGAGCUGUGUUGGUCGGCCCGUGGCAGGGGGGAUCCAGACACGGAGAAGUCGGUGACAAACUUGGCGAGGUUUCUGCAGGAGCGGGGCAAAACGCCGGAGCUUCUGCAACUGCUCCAGGAGCUCGGGAUCGGCUUCGAGAUCGAGCACAUCACUGAAUGA